GCUUGUAUUAUUCCAGCUUCCAUAAUCAUCAUUAUCAUCAACUAUAUAUAGAUUAUUAUUAUAUAUAAUCAUUAUCAUUAAUAAUUAAUCAACAUUGCUUCAAAAUGGUGGAACCUCCAUGGCUGGAAGGACUAUUGAGAAUCACAUUCUUCAGAAUAUGCAAAGAACACAUGAAGUCACCAAGAAACGAAUGCAACAUGUUCUGUCUCGAUUGUGGGGACAAUGCAUUCUGCUUCUACUGCAAAUCUUCUUUCCAUAACCAUCAUCAAGUCAUUCAAAUAAGGAGGUCUUCAUAUCAUGAUGUAGUGAGAGUAACGGAGAUUCAGAAUGUUUUGGACAUAAGUGGUGUUCAGACAUAUGUUAUAAACAGUGCUAGAGUUCUAUUUCUCAAUGAGAGGCCACAGAAUCAACUUAAGGCCAAUCAUAAUAAUAAUAGUGCUUCUAAUAAUAAUAAUAAUGGUAAAAGCAAUUCACAUUUUUGUGAAAUAUGCAGAAGAAAUCUCCUUGAUCCUUUUCGUUUCUGCUCUUUGGGAUGCAAGCUUGUAGGUAUAAAGAAAAAUGGGAAUGGAAGCUUUGUCUCAAGCGCAAAGAAAGAAGAAGAAGAAAGCGAAGAAUUGUUAUUGCGUGAAGGAAUAAUAGUAUUCCACAAACAAAAACAACAAGUAUACCAAAUAAGCACUCCUUGCUCUAAUCAUAAUAAUAAUUCAAGGAGAAGAAAAGGAAUACCUCAAAGGGCGCCUUUAGGAUUCUAAACUAGUACUUAGAAGAAUUGAUUUUAAAAAAUGUGUAUUGUUUUUUUUCACCAAUGCUAUUUGAGCCAUCAUUUGGGUGUCUCUUUUAC